GACUACUAAUAAUAAAUUUUUUUAGGUAUACUCUAAUAUUUCAUUAAAACGCUCUUUUAAAAUUUAAAAAUAUUAAAAAUUAAAUGAAUUAUGUCAGUGCUAUAUAUAUAUAUACUCCAAUAUAAGCAAGAAUUUGUCAUUAGUCAUUCAGAAUUUAAUAUUUCGAAUAAAAAUGGAGAAAUGGCAAAUAUCUCUUUUAUGCAUAAUAUCGUGCUUGAUAUUUAACGAAGCAAUUCAACCGAAAAGUUCAAAAGACAAACAAUCAUGCCAAAUAGAAGUAGAAACAGCGAGUAAAUGUGCAGACAAUGAAAACUUGAAAUUUUUAAAAAAUGAUUUUGAUAAGGGAUAUAAAUGGGAUAAAAAUACAAUAGCUACUGCUGCUGCUAAUGGAUAUUUAGAAAGCCUAAAAUAUUUACGUGAAAAUGAUUGUCCAUGGGAUAACAUCACAACAUUAUCAGCUGCAGAUAAUGGUCAUUUAGAAUGUUUAAUAUAUGCUUAUGAAAAUGGCUGUACAUGGAAUGAAUUAGAUAUUGCGAAAAGUGCCAUUAAAAAUGGUAAUCUAGAAAUAUUAAAAUAUGUUCAUAAAAAAGGAUAUGAAUUCAAUGAACUCACAACUAAUAUGGCUGCGAUAAGUAAUCUAGAAAUUUUAAAAUAUGUCCUUGAAAAUGGAUACCCCUGCAAUAGGAGCACAACUUAUAAUGCUGCCUUAAUUGGUAAUCUAGAAAAUUUAACAUAUUUAUAUGAAAAAAAUGUCCGUGGGAUGAACGUACAACAAAAGCAGCUGCAUCUAGUGGUAAUUUAGAAUGCUUAAAAUAUGCAUAUGAAAAUAAGUGUCCGUGGGAUGAAAGCACAAUUGCGGCUAUCAAAAUAAGUAAUUUAAACAUUUAUAAGUAUUCUGUCAAGAAUAGACUGUUUAUGGAUUCAUCUCUAGAUUUAGAGGAUGAGUUAUUAUAAACGAUAUGAUAAUUUAAAUAACCUUUAAACCAAUUUAUAUUGUAUAUUAAUUUUUUUAAAUAAUUUCUGUUAUAAUGAUGUAUAGUGACAUAUAUAUUGUCUUAUAAGAACUAUACAGAUAACAAAACAUUCUAUAUUUUUUCAAAUUAUUUUAAAAAAUAAAAAAUUAAGAUAAAUAUAAAAAAAAAUUUAGUUAGCCAUUUUGUUAAGUAGAUUUUUACAAAAAAUUGGAUAAAAAAAUAUCUAAUAAAUAGUAAAUUAUCCGUAGCAUUUUAAAGUUUAUGAAAUUUUGAAUGUGUAAACAAAAAUAAGGUUACUUAAAUGUAGUAUGCCAAACCAAUUUUUUCUUUUAAUAUAUAAAAUUUUGCCUAUUAAGAAAAUUGUUAUUUAUUUUUAACACAGUUGUGCUUAUCCAUAAUGGAGAAGUUCUGUUUAAUUUUUGUUUGAUGGAAGAGAGAAACAUAUUAUUAUUUUGUCACUCUUGUCUUUUGCCCCCUCUAAUGUUAAAAAUCGAUUGUGGAUCCGUCCUAUACAGCGUGAUUUUUUUAUCAUAACCCACUCAAUUACUUGCAGAAUAAUAAUAGUUUAAACAUUUUUUUUUUUUUAUUAUCUUUAGUUACACAUCCCACUGUACAAUAAAUGUUUCAGUACGUCGGGGGAACAUUUUUUUAGUGUUUCAUACGUAACAUCACUUUGAAACAUCAAUAAGCUGUUAUAUGGUUGUUUUUUUAAGUUAAUACAAAUUAAGUACAAAGGAAAUAUCCAUGUGAUAUCAUUUUGACUUAGUACAAAUUUGGUACGAAUGUAACAUACAUACUACGUUCCUCCGAAAUAUUACACUAUGUAUUAAUAGCAUUCUAUUAUCAUAAUUAUGAUAAACGAUUGCUUGGAAAUUUAAUUUUAGAAAUAUAUAUUAAAAAACAAAAUAUUUUGUCAUACGACACUGUAAUUGCCUAUCAAUACCUGGAAAAUCCAAAAACCCAUGUGACGUAUGUCUUUAUCUUUUAUUUUAAGGGAUCGGCCACAAACGACCAACAACUCUGUAGUAGACACGAUGUUAUGUUAUGGACAAUCUUACAAUUGUUUAUGUUAGACAGUAUACUUGUUUAAUUAUUAUUAAGUGUUUUUAAUUAUUAUUAAGUGUGUUUAAUUAUAAUUAUUAUUUUUUCUUAUAUUUUUUAAUAAUGGCUGAACAAACAAAAAAGGUAAGUUAUACAAUCUACUUAUUUACACUUGUUAUAAUACUGCAUCCACACUUAAUAACAUUGUUAUAUAAGUACAUUCAGUGGUGUAAAAUUUCAAGGAUUGCAACUUAUUAAUCAAUUUAAAAAGUGGUCAGUAUUUUUUAAAUAACUCUUACAAAUACCAACUUUAAAUUUUAUGAUGUGACAUAAAUGAAGUUUCCCUUAAAUGGCUUAUUGUGCUGUUCCCUGAGCACAAUGAAUAUAGUGUUGUACCAACGAAUUGGGUCACAAAAAAUGAAUUAACUCAAGUAAAUUAUUGCUACUGGCCUCCAGGCACUGUUAACAGUGAUGUUAUACAAAAAGCAGAUGAGCCGGGGUUAACCUGGAAAAUGUAUAGAGUAAAAAUUUAUGGUGGAAAUAAAACUUUUGAUAAUUUUAAUAAAGCAUGGCAUCAACAAGUUAUUAUUGAAGAUUCAUCUAAUGAAACAGGCAAUGAAGAAAAUAUGAUUCUAAGACAUAAACAAAAAGGAAAGCUUAUGUCACAAAAUGUAUUGUUUAAUGUAACUGAUGAAAGUGACAAUGACAAUGAUAACAGUUAUAAUAUAAUGGCUCAGUCAUCAUCUGCCACAUUGAAUAUUGUCAAACCUUUGUUUGUAAAAUCAAAUAGUAAUGCUCUAAUAGUUUCAAGUUUAGAAACUGAUAAUAGAAUGUCUUAUUUACUUAACCAAUCAACAUCUUCAGCCACUGAUACAUCAGUUGAACCUAUAGCAUCUUGUAGUUCAUUAACUGAAAAAGACAACUAUCAACAACUCUCUGAGUUAAUGCCUCCAGAACCCAAACAUAUUUGUUCUACAACGGACUUCUCAUUACAGUCAUCAAAUACAAUGAACACUUUAAAUCAGUCUGUUCUCCAACAAAAAAACUACGAUCCAACAAUGAACAUGAUGUUAAAUAGAAUAUUAUUAAAAGUAGAAAACAUUGAAAAAAUUUUGUCUAAACAUAAAAAUGAAAAUAAAAAUGCUCUGUUAGACAAUUCAUUUUUAUCAAAAUUCCCCAUUGAUAAUGUUGAAGGAUUUUUAUUGAUUGAAACUUGCAUUAGUAAUGAAAUUGAUUUUGUUUCAAAAUUGGAAUAUUUUAUUAGAUCAAUUGGAGGAAGGGAUGGCAAAGAACAUAUAAGAAGGUCUUUGACCAAACUUUUUACUAAUUCAUAUGCUGGUAAAUGUACGUGGACUGGUCGUGGAAAAAAUAUAAUUACCAAAGUAGGAGAUUCUGAAUUAAUCAGAAUAUUUACAAAAGUUAUUAAAGAUAAUGCCAAAAAGCCCAUGACAAACUCUGAUGUAGAAAUAGAAAUUGCCGAAUGGCUUAGGCGUGCUAACACACGAGUACAAAGGGACAAAUUAAACGAGUGACAAUAUAAUUUUUUAUAUGUGUUUAUGUUUUUUUUUUAUAUACAUUUAUAAUUACAGUUUUAAAAUAAUAUUUAUAAAAAGUUUUUAUUUAUAUUUAAGAAAGUACCAUUUUUAUUUCAGAAGUAACUAAUAGAGUUAUUGAAAAACAAAAACAUUUAAUAUCCAGUAGUAUAAUUCUUGAUCCUAUUGUCACUUU